AAGUCCACGCAGCCCGCGGAACUCAGAGGUCGCGGAUCGCCUAUGGGUGCGAUGGCACCACGCACGCUGCUCCUGCUGCUGGCGGCCGCCCUGGCCCCGACUCAGACCCGCGCGGGCCCACACUCGAUGAGGUAUUUCCACACCGCCGUGUCCCGGCCCGGCCUCGGGGAGCCCCGGUUCAUCGCUGUCGGCUACGUGGACGACACGCAGUUCGUGCGCUUCGACAGCGACGCGGAGAAUCCGAGAGCUGAGCCGCGGGCGCCGUGGAUGGAGCAGGAGGGGCCGGAGUAUUGGGAGGAGCAGACACAGAUCGCUAAGGGCAAUGAGCAGAGAUUCCGAGUGAGCCUGAGGAACCUGCUCGGCUACUACAACCAGAGCGCGGGCGGCUCUCACACGUUCCAGUGGAUGGUCGGCUGUGACGUGGGGUCGGACGGGCGCCUCCUCCGCGGGUACUGGCAGUCCGCAUACGACGGCCGCGAUUACAUCGCCAUGAACGAAGACCUGAAAACGUGGACGGCGGCGGACACGGCGGCGCAGAUCACCCGACGCAAGUUGGAGCAGGCUGGUGAAGCAGAGAUAUACAGGGCCUACCUGGAGGGCACGUGCGUGGCGUGGCUCCGCAGAUACCUGGAGCGCGGGAAUGCGACGCUGCUGCGCACAGAUCCCCCAAAGGCACAUGUGACCCAUCACCCCAGAUCUGAAGGUGAUGUCACCCUGAGGUGCUGGGCCCUAGGCUUCUACCCUGCUGACAUCACCCUGACCUGGCAGUUGAAUGGGGAGGAGCUGACCCAGGACAUGGAGUUUGUGGAGACCAGGCCUGCAGGGGAUGGAACCUUCCAGAAGUGGGCAGCUGUGGUGGUGCCUCUUGGGAAGGAGCAGAAGUACACAUGCCAUGUGGAACAUGAGGGGCUGCCUGAGCCCCUCACCCUGAGAUGGGAGCCUCCUCCAUACACUGUCUCCAACAUGGUUAUCAUUGCUGUUCUGGUUGUUGUUGGAGCUGUGAUCAUCAUUGGAGCUGUGGUGGCUUUUGUGAUGAUGAUGAGGAGAAACACAGCAUGAAGACAGCUGCCUGGAGUGGACUGAGUGACAGCCAGUGUGUUCAGGUCUCUCCUGUGACAUCAAGAGUCUUUAGACAUCAGCUUUCUAUAGAAAAUGGUGUCUCAUGUUCUCUGUCACACCAACCCCAGUAGCAUCUAUGUGACAAGUUCCACAGACUGAGGUGAAAAUUUCAAAAGAAGGAGGCCUCCUGGAAUCAGUUGUGGAACUCUUGGCCAGAGGAUUAUAUUGAGCCUUAGUUCUCAUGGCAAUUGCUUUAUUUUGUUUUCUCUUAUUCCUUUUCUUAUUUGCAUGUUCCUGGUAGCCUAGGCUAAGAUCUUAAGUGAAAGUAAUGGGUUAGAAACCAUCCCUAGAGAUGGGGUCACUAACAUGACCUUAUCUGGGGAAACCAACGCUUUAGUUUAGAAAUUAUUUACAAAAUUAUAUAAUAGUAUUAUGACAGAUAAAAACUUUUCCAACAAUAAAAUUUCAUGUGGCUACAUGUGUGUUAUCAGAGGUGGGCUUUGGCAUGUGGUAAAGAAAGCCUUAAAUAGAAAGAAUUAACAUAGUUUAAAUUUAAGCACUGAAAAACAAUCAGGCAUUAGAUGUUAAAUAAUAAUUGACCAUAAAGAUUUAGUAACAUGUCUUGAACAUAAGCCAGUAGCCUUGGAUGACUGCCCCACUGCUUAUAUUCAUUUAGAGUUGUUAUACUUCAAUCAUUUCUACUCCUCGUGAUGUCACCUGUUCUGUUUGUGAUUCACUGAACACAUCUUUACAGAGUUGUAAUGUUUGCAUGGUUUUUGUGCUUUCCUGUGCAUAAUGAUAAUGAUGGUAUUUGUGAUUGCUUCACUGUACACAUCUUCUCAGUGUUGUAAUAUUUGCUCUUUUAAUGUUUAAAAACCCCUGCUUGAGAGCUGCAAAAUACACUCAGAUUCAUAGUG